CCAUCAGUCAGUCAGUCGAAAAUCAAAGAACGUGAAACAAGUUAAGAAUAUUAUCUGCCAAGUGUUAUUUCAUUGUAUUUAUAAGUUAUACUGAAGAUUUUAUUCAAUUGAUAGCGUUGAAUUAUAAAUAAAAUGAAGGCUAUAUUAGCUUUAGCGUUAUUAGGGCUGAUAGCAGCAAUAGCAUCAGCUAAAGAAGACAGCAAGGAAAAAGAUGACAUCGGAACAGUAAUUGGAAUCGAUUUGGGAACAACGUAUUCUUGUGUUGGUGUUUACAAAAAUGGUCGAGUUGAAAUAAUUGCCAAUGACCAAGGAAACCGUAUCACUCCAUCAUAUGUAGCAUUUACUGCUGAAGGAGAACGUCUGAUCGGUGAUGCUGCUAAAAAUCAGUUGACGACCAACCCUGAAAACACGAUCUUUGACGCUAAGCGUUUGAUUGGUCGUGAAUGGUCUGAUCCAACAGUUCAACACGAUGCCAAAUUCUUCCCAUUCAAAGUUAUUGAGAAAAACAACAAACCUCACAUCAAAGUAAAGACGAAAGAUGGAGACAAGGUCUUUACACCAGAAGAAAUUUCUGCUAUGGUUCUUGGAAAAAUGAAGGAAACCGCGGAAGCUUAUUUGGGAAAAAAAGUAACUCAUGCAGUUGUCACAGUACCAGCUUAUUUCAAUGAUGCUCAGAGACAGGCUACCAAAGAUGCUGGUGCUAUUGCCGGUCUUGUUGUUAUGAGAAUAAUUAACGAACCAACUGCUGCGGCAAUUGCUUACGGUUUGGACAAAAAAGAUGGUGAGAAAAAUGUUCUUGUCUUCGAUCUUGGUGGUGGUACUUUCGAUGUAAGUCUUUUGACAAUCGACAACGGAGUCUUUGAAGUAGUAGCAACAAAUGGUGACACUCAUUUGGGAGGUGAAGAUUUUGACCAACGUGUUAUGGAAUACUUUAUUAAAUUGUACAAAAAGAAGAAGGGUAAAGACAUAAGAAAAGACAAUCGUGCUGUUCAAAAGCUUCGCCGUGAAGUUGAAAAAGCUAAGAGAGCUCUUAGUGCCAGUCACCAAGUUAAAAUUGAAAUUGAAUCAUUCUUCGAAGGCGAAGACUUCUCCGAGACUUUAACCAGAGCUAAAUUUGAGGAAUUGAACAUGGAUCUUUUCCAAAGUACAAUGAAACCUGUACAAAAAGUACUUGAAGAUGCGGAUAUGAACAAAAAAGAUGUUGAUGAAAUCGUACUUGUCGGAGGAUCCACCAGAAUUCCAAAAGUACAACAAUUGGUAAAAGAAUUCUUUAAUGGUAAAGAGCCAUCCCGAGGUAUUAACCCUGAUGAAGCUGUCGCUUAUGGUGCUGCUGUACAAGCUGGUGUUCUUUCUGGCGAACAGGAUACUGAUGCAAUUGUUCUUCUUGACGUCAAUCCCUUGACUAUGGGUAUUGAAACUGUUGGAGGUGUAAUGACUAAAUUGAUUGCCAGAAAUACUGUUAUUCCCACUAAAAAAUCUCAGAUAUUCUCUACAGCAUCUGACAAUCAACACACCGUCACAAUUCAAGUUUAUGAAGGAGAACGUCCAAUGACUAAGGAUAAUCAUCUCCUUGGUAAAUUUGAUCUUACUGGAAUUCCACCAGCACCCAGAGGUAUUCCUCAAAUUGAAGUAACUUUCGAAAUUGACGCCAAUGGUAUUCUUCAAGUAUCCGCUGAAGAUAAGGGAACUGGUAACCGUGAAAAAAUUGUUAUUACAAAUGAUCAGAACAGACUUACACCUGAUGACAUUGAAAGGAUGAUCAAGGAUGCUGAAAAGUUUGCUGAUGAAGAUAAAAAACUCAAAGAACGCGUUGAAGCUCGUAACGAACUUGAAUCUUAUGCUUACUCACUUAAAAAUCAACUUGCUGACAAGGAAAAACUUGGAUCUAAAAUAACCGAUGAAGACAAAGAAAAAAUGGAGGCUGCUAUUGAUGAGAAAAUAAAAUGGCUUGAAGAAAACCAGGACACCGAUCCAGAAGAAUAUAAACAACAGAAGAAAGAGCUUACUGACAUUGUUCAACCAAUCAUCGCUAAGCUUUAUCAAGGUACUGGUGGUGCUCCUCCACCAACUGGUGGUGAAGACGAUGAUCUCAAAGACGAAUUGUAAGCAAAUUACAAUAAAUUAACCAGUUCAUCUUAAACCCAGACUGAAUUAAUUAAGAAAAAAUAAAGCUUCCUAUUACGAUAAUUGCUUCGGAAUUAAUAUCAAAUAUUUAAUUUCUUUUUUUUUCUCUCAAUAUCUCCGUUAGUUAAUUAAUUCCGAAGUUAUUUGUCAAAAGGAGUUGUACCGUCGGGCAUUUAUCGGAGAUUGUUAAUUAAUAAUUAUAAUUAUUUAACAAAUCUUAACGACGGUAAUGUAUUCUAGUUUGUCCUAGGUAAUUAGCCUUAUGGUCAGAUAAAAAAUAUGUAGAUGUUAUUCUAUAAAUUUUAUACUGAUGAGGUUUUUUUUUUAAAUUCUCAUUGGGGUUUUUUUUUUUUAAUUUAUUAAUAAGUGGACAUAAUUUUUUUUUGUAUGAUUAAUUAUAUUGUAUGUAAUUAAGUAUAAAUGAAAUUAAAGCCGCGUGUGAUUUUUCUCGCUCGUAAAAUGUUGCAAAGCGUGAAAGAUGAUAAUUAAAUACAAUAUUAAUGUUAACUGUAUGUUCGAAUGAAUGAAACAUGUAUGGCAUGUAUCAAUAUUAAAAUAAAUUAAAUAAAUCAUUUUUUUCAAAAAAUUU